AGAUCGUCACAUCAGGCUGGGGGUGACACUUCUCAGUUUUCUUUUCAAACUAGAUGUUCUCAGGAGCACUGGCGGUGACCACAUUGGGAGACUGAUGCUCCAUGACAGCUAAAAGUUGGAUUGAGUUUCAGGAGCUACUAUAUAUAAAGCUGGGGUGACUUAUGUCACCGCACUAAUUAAAUGCCAUCUGGGUGGUUCCUCUGGGUUUUUGAGCCCAUCACCCGGUUCAGACUGAGUCAGAGGCCAAGGAGGCGAACAUGAUGAUGGACCUUUUCGAAACUGGCUCCUAUUUCUUUUACUUGGACGGGGAAAACGUUACCCUGCAGCCAUUAGAAGUGGCAGAGGGCUCUCCUCUGUAUCCAGGGAGCGAUGGUACCCUAUCCCCCUGCCAGGACCAAAUGCCCCCGGAAGCUGGGAGCGACAGCAGCGGAGAGGAACACGUCCUGGCGCCCCCAGGCCUGCAGCCUCCCCACUGUCCCGGCCAGUGCCUCAUCUGGGCUUGUAAGACCUGCAAGAGAAAAUCUGCCCCCACCGACCGGCGGAAAGCCGCCACCCUGCGCGAGAGGAGGCGACUGAAGAAAAUCAACGAGGCCUUCGAGGCUCUGAAGAGGAGGACCGUGGCCAACCCCAACCAGAGGCUGCCCAAGGUGGAGAUCCUGCGGAGCGCCAUCAGCUACAUUGAGCGGCUGCAGGACCUGCUGCACCGGCUGGACCAGCAAGAGAAAAUGCAGGAGCUGGGGGUGGACCCCUUCAACUACAGACCCAAACAGGAGAAUCUCGAGGGUGCGGAUUUCCUGCGCACCUGCAGCUCCCAGUGGCCCAGCGUUUCGGAUCAUUCCAGGGGGCUGGUGAUCACUGCCAAGGAAGGAGGGGCAAGCAUUGAUUCCUCAGCCUCGAGCAGCCUUCGGUGCCUUUCCUCCAUCGUGGACAGCAUCUCCUCAGAGGAGCGCAAACUCCCCUGCUCGGAGGAGGUGGUGGAGAAGUAACGUGGAGCCCGCGUUUGGAAUGCUCACCGGGGCAGGAAGAUCAUCCCACCCUCUCUCUUUUGACGGACCCUUUGGGUUCCUUCCCAU